AUGUCUGAAGAGGUGACCUAUGCGACACUCACAUUUCAAGAUUCCCUGGGAGCUGGAAAUAACCGGGAUAGAAAUGAUCUAAGGAAAAGAGGGUAUCCAGCUCCACCUCCUACAUGGCGUUGGGCAGCCCUGAGUCUGCUAACUCUUUGUCUGUUGCUACUGUUGGGACUGGUGACCUUGGGGAUUAUGUUUUUGCAGACCUCUAAUGAAAUUAACUCAGGGUCAGAGAAAUUCAGUCAACUUCAGAAAACUAUCCACCAACAGCAGGAUAACUUAUCCCAGCAGCUGAGCAACUACAGGAACUUUUCCACAGAGGAGGAAUUUCUCAAGUUGCAAAUCUCCAAUCUAUUGAAGAAGCAGGGACAAAUGGCCAUCAAACUCUGUCAAGAGCUAGUCAUUCACACUUCAGACCACAAAUGUAAUCCUUGUCCUAAGACGUGGCAGUGGCACCAAAACAGUUGCUAUUAUUUUGCAACAAAUGAAGAAAAAACCUGGACUAACAGUAGAAAAAACUGCAUGGACAAGAACUCCAGCUUGGUGAAGAUAGACAGCUUGGAAGAAAAGGAUUUUCUAAAGAUGCAACCAUUACCUCAGUUUUCUUUCUUCUGGUUGGGAUUGUCAUGGGCUCCAUCUGGCGGAGGUUGGCUGUGGGAGGAUGGCUCUAUCCCCUCUCCAUCCUUAUUUAGUACUAAAGAAUAUGCCCAAAUCAAUGGAUCCAAAGGAUGUGCCUAUUUUCAAAAAGGAAAUAUUUAUAUUUCCCGCUGCAGUGCUGAAAUUUCUUGGAUUUGUGAGAAGACAGCAGCAUUAGUGAAAACUGAAGAUUUGGAUUAA